AUGACAGGUAGGGAAUAUGAUAGACUCCAAUUAACGAAUAAAUGGAAUCAGCUUAAGAAAGAUUGGAAACUGUUGAAUGAUUUGAAGCGUGGCUCCACUGGAUUUGGAUGGGAUUCGAUUGUUCCUGCGGCAAAGAAGUUCAGAUUGGCUGAGAUUGAAUCAGAAUUGGAGGGCAAGUUACAAAUGAUGUUUGGUGGGGUGGUAGCUACAGGGAAAUAUUCAGCUGCCCCUAGCCAAACAGUUUUUGAAACAACCCCCGAGAAUGUGGCCGUGGAAUUAUCAAAUGAUUCUGCAGAAUUUCGCAGUGUUGAGCCACUUGAAAUUCAAUCCAACAAUCGUGCGAAGCGCCCCCGGAACGAAUGCAAGAGAAAGAGUGGACCUGCAUCUAUGAGGGAGCAGCUCUCAUACCUAGUGGACUCAUCUAAUGAUGCCCCUCACAGAGUUCAAAAAACCUCGGUUCAUGAGGUCAUUGGACUUCUUGAAGAAGAUCCAGAAUUUACAGGGGAUCGUGAUCUUUUCUACUUUGCUGUAGACCUCUUUCGUGAUUCCCUCCACCGAGACUUCUUCACAGCAUUGAGCAAAGAGCGACGACUGGAAUACAUACGCUAUUAUUGUAACCGUCGUGAUUUGUGA